AUGUCAAAUGAAAAUAUGCCAAGUAUUUACACUAAUCCACUUGCCGAACGAUUAGUAAAAGGUGAAAUUCACAAUUAUCAAAAUCAAGACUCAAAUGCUAUACAACAAAUGUAUUCCUUACACAAUGAAUCUCAGGAUUUAAUAAAUAAAAAUAUUAUCAUUAUUGACGAAUUAUGUAAAUUGUAUAAUGAAGCAGUAUUUAAAGGAAGUUAUGAUCCUGAAAUUAUUUAUUUAUUAGAACAAUAUUUAGCAAGUAAUCAAUUAAAGCCCACGGAUCUAAUUAAUUUGUGCUUAAAUAAUCAAAAUAAUUCA